AUGAUCUCCUUGUUCCUCGCACUUCUUUUUCCCCUGGUUAGUUAUACUUCCGCUUAAUUUUGUCACUAAUUCUUUCGUUUCCAAUUUCUCUUUUUCAGUGCUUCUCCGUCGAUCCCGCAAAACUAGUAUGGCAGCCAAAUUUGGUGACGAAAGAAUCGAUUCUGGCGGACUACUUGAAGCUUGAUACGCAACCGGCGAUUAACACGACGAAGACUCUCGCCUACGUGACCACGGUUCACUUCGAACAUCCUCUUCACCAUCCUAAAUUCUGCGCUUUCAGUGGAAUGCACGUGGAUUCAUGUUGGCCCGCAAGACCGCUCGCCGUCUCUCGUUUCUCAGUCCCGCGUGGUUCCAAGUGGCGCCGGUCUACGAGGCCGGAAUACUGGUGAACAUGGAGAUUCUGCGGAAGAUCAGCUGA